AUGGCAGAAGUACUAGGAAUCGCGGCUAGUGUCAUCGCCGUGGUUGAUCUUUUGGCCAAGGUGGUUUCUUUAUGUUCACAGUACUUGGAUCAGGACACGAUUGCAAAGCACGAGGUUCCGGAACUCGUCCGGCUUUUGGCAGCCCAUGCCAUCGCCCUGCAAGGCUUCUCGGUCAACUCUACACUCAGCAACUCUGACCUGCACUACCAAGUCUACCCAUCUCAGUCACCGUUUGGAACUUCUCUCCAAGGCAUGGUGCAGGCCAUGGAGCUUACAAUGUCACGCUUUGCAGCCGGUGUCAUUGCAAUGGUAGCAAACGUCAAUUCGGAUAUCGUGGUUGAUAGACUCCCACCGACAAAGGGAUCGAGUCUCAACUUUCUGUUUAGUAUGGUUGUUACUUUCAUGGCUACAAAGGUGGUCAUUCCUCCGGAAGGAGCUACGUCCAUGGCAAAGGUGCUGCAUGCUAUGGCGGCUAGCGAGAGUUCCGGCGGGGCCGAGUGGAUCUAUCGAAGCCGGAUGAAUUCCGCUGAUGGAAUUUAUGACUUGUAUCUUGGAGGGCGUCCACGUGGUGAGCUGGAUGGCAAAAGCAUUUAA